AUGACGUCCUUUGCGGUACCAAUCCCCGAAGAUAUCAUCAAGCAGUCAAAGGCUUUGACUCGCUUCCCUGUACUCGUCCACGCCAAUCAUUCUCUCUGCCUAGACAGGUCUUCUAGGCUCAAGGAAGAGUUCAAGGCUACCCUAAAUGUCCAACUGGAUGCAAAGACCAUUGACACUUUUCCACUGUUAGGCCCGGUUCACACUGUGGCUUUUAUUAUCCCCGGAUGUUUACCAGAAAGGCUGCCUGUACUGGCGGAAUUUGUGGAUUUUGCAGCCCUCAAGGAUGAGUACAAACAUUGGAAGAGUAUACCCCUCUCCGCCACAGCAACAUUCGUGCCGAACAUGUGGUGCUUCGGCCUUGGUAUCCACUUGACAAGGGAAGAGAAGGCAAAGUAUUCUGAGGUUGUCAACCUGGCCCUGACUUCAGCUGCUCUGGUCGAUGACUACUACAGCUGGCCAAAGGAAAUCAAGCAUCACAUCGAAAAGAAGCACUCCAAGGAGCCGUUGAACGCUGUUUCUAUUCUGAUGCGACAGUAUAAUUGCUCUGAGCCCGAAGCCCUUGCUAAGCUACGCGAAGAAUAUGUUUUCUUGCAAGAGAAACACCUAGCGCUCCUUCAAAAAAUUGAGCGGGAUGAAGGGCUUACUGAAACUCACCGUAAAUAUAUAACGGCAACGCAGCAUGCGGCUUCAGGUUCGGAGUUCUGGAGCAUCUUUGCCCGCCGUUAUCCAACUAAAGCUGGUUUAAAUCAGCCAGAGUGCGUUCUAGUUGGCGGGGAAUUUCAAUAUGAGACGGCUGACAGCGUUCCAUGCCAGUCAUCUUCGCCUUUGACCGACAAGAGUGCCACUUUCGCUAUUAACAGCGGCAUUGAUAACGUUAAUGCUAAGAAUACUAAUACCAGUGACGCCAAUGAUGUCCAUGAGAAUAGAACUAAUUCUACCCUCAAAGAUCAGGGAGCACCCCAUACACUCAACGAGAUUAUCAAACCCUCAGAUGAUAUUGUGCUCGCUCCAUACAAGUACAUCGCCUCAUUACCAUCAAAGAACACCCUAGCUGCGUUGAUUGACGCCCUUAAUUUAUGGCUGAAAAUACCCCAGCCCAUCUUGUCAACAAUCAAAAAGAUUGCCGACAUGCUACAUCAUGCGCUCGACGACAUUGAAGAUAAUUCUAAGCUUCGGCGCGGCAAACCGUCUACGCACUUGAUAUAUGGCGCCGCACAAACUAUAAACUCGGCCAACUAUGUCUUUGUCAAUACAUUUGCGGAGCUAAGCAAUCUCAGUAACGCAGCUGCCUCCGCCAUUUAUAUUGAUGAAGUACAGAAUUCUUUCUGCGGCCAGGCUUCCGAUUUGCAUUGGAAAUACCACUCUUGUUGCCCAACGGUUGAGGAAUAUAUGAUGAUGAUUGAUAACAAAACCGGAGCUCUAUUCCGGCUAUGUGUUCGACUUAUGCAAGCUGAAUCCGCUGCCCCCAAUAAAUUCGUGACUCUUCUCGGUCGGUAUUACCAGAUCCGAGAUGAUUACCAAAAUCUUGCUUCUAAAGAGUACACUAAAUUCAAAGGUUUUUGUGAAGAUCUUGACGAAGGGAAAAUGUCUCUCCCUUUAAUAUACACUCUUCAGCACCCGGGUGCUCAUCAAAAGGCAAUUCAGGGCGUCUUGCAGCAUAAAGGCGCAGAUGGGUUGCCCUUGGAAGUAAAAAGCUGGGUAUUAGCGUACAUUCAAGAGACCGGAUCUUUAAAGUCCACACUUACGCUGAUUCAUAAAAUGCAACAUGACUUACUUGACCAGCUGAGCAUUUUAGAGCAGGGGUUUGGGUCCCGAAAUUUCAUUCUCCAAUUGUUGCUACUGAAGUUACAGUUUUAA